UUUGUUCCUACUGAAUAGAAUUGUUCCAUUUUUCCUAAAAACCUAGAACAAAUAUAAAUCCUUUACCAGAUAUAAUUGACUGCAAAGGGGGUUCCAUAGUAUAUUUUUUAGUAUCUUUUUUCUAGUGCAAUAAAGUUACAUAGUGUCUAUUUUUUGCUGAAAAAAAAAGAGGGGUAUUCUCAUGGGUUUGCCUUGGUAUCGUGUUCAUACUGUUGUAUUAAAUGAUCCCGGCCGCUUACUUUCUGUCCAUAUAAUGCAUACGGCUCUGGUUGCUGGUUGGGCCGGUUCGAUGGCUCUAUAUGAAUUAGCAGUUUUUGAUCCCUCUGAUCCUGUUCUUGACCCAAUGUGGAGACAGGGUAUGUUUGUUAUACCCUUCAUGACUCGUUUAGGAAUAACCAAUUCGUGGGGCGGUUGGAGUAUCACAGGAGGUACUACGCCGAAUCCGGGUAUUUGGAGUUAUGAAGGUGUGGCUGGAGCACAUAUUGUGUUUUCGGGCUUGUGCUUUUUGGCGGCUAUCUAGCAUUGGGUCUAUUGGGAUCUAGAAAUCUUUUGUGAUGAACGUACAGGCAAACCCUCUUUGGAUUUGCCAAAAAUCUUUGGAAUUCAUUUAUUUCUUGCAGGGGUGGCUUGUUUUGGUUUUGGCGCAUUUCAUGUA